ACCUUAUUCUUCGCAUGUUUUUAAAGAUAUAUUUGAGGAGACGCUGUUAGCGCUAUUUGCAUCAUUUUAUCCUUGUUUACAUCAUGAAUGAUAAAGAUAGAAAACAUAAAUAGCAAUCUUUCCAAACGCACCUUAAGAAUAAGGCCCCAGCGCGAUGACGCAAUACGCGACUUGCGACAAUCCAAUGAGUGUACAGCUUUUAUAAACAAACAGAGCUGUACGCUCAUUGGAUUACCGCGCUUCGUGUGACGUGUGUCGCGUCAUCGGCGUCAUCGCGCUGGUCUGUGGCCGGCAUUCUUUUUAACCACAAUCUCUCUUGAAUAAAACUACAAUUCGCAUUAAAUAUGACAGUAGAGAAGGGAUAAAAAAGAAGGUGUGAAAGAUAUUCGUGCGUUAACUCUAUCGAUGCUGCUUUAUUUAUGUAUCGUUGCGAGAAUAAUUUCAAUUUGCGGGCCUAAUUGUCAUUCACACCUGUGCGUAGUAUCUAUAUACGUAACUGCUCGCAUCACAAUCGUGAUGGGCGGCCAAAUGAGAUAGAAUUUAGGAUUGUGAGCACAGAUGUUUCUAGUACCACGGGCGAGGAUCGGACGAAGGUGAUCGUGUCCGCCUGCGAGUCUUCUUCCUCUUGCCGCGAGUGUAGGACCGCCGUCGUUGACACCGCGGACGUCGCGCCUUCGUCGAGACGAAAGUGCCUGUGCCCCUUGCGGCCAUUGACAACAAAUCGCUGUGCGCAACCCUUUCGCAGACGUGUCUCCUUCAGCGACGCCACCGUUAUUGGGACCGACGACGACGAUGAUCGUUGUUGCCGCACGAUGCAGGAUGACGAUCUAGCGAGCACGCGUCGCGACAACGACAGAGAAAUCGAGAACAAGACGGAGCGAGAGACGUUCUACGACAUUUGGCAGGCGGACGACUCGUCAACCGGCAGAAGCGACGACGGAUACUCGGAAAGUACACCGAGGAUCGACAAUUACGCGGAGAACCAUUGCCGAGUGUCAGGUUGCACUUUCAACGACAACGACAAAGGCCAGCGUUCGCAGUCGGAAAACAUCGGUGAAGAACAGACAGUCGAGAGUGAUGGACGCACGAAGGAGGAAUGGACGACCGGCAACGGUGACGUCUGUCCAGCGGAUCGAAUUGCUGGAAAUAAGGCAAGAAGCGAGGAAAAUGAUAUCGCGUGGAACGAGGAUGUAUUAAACGCCACCCACAAGAACAUAGACUCGAUUGGCAGUGAUGAGUAUCGCAUGCGAGGUGGCUGCGGCGGAUGCUGCUGCGGAGCACGCGAAAAGUACAGCGUCUGGAGGAGUUCGCAGGAUUACGAUUGUCGUUGCGAAGGACUCGUGCCGAAACUAAAUGAAUCAUACGCGCCUAGUCCGGACAGAGGCAAGACAGUGUGCGUUGUGCCGUUGUCACGUUCCUGUUGUCGUUGUCCUCGAGUCUGCAAGAAGACAGCCAGGUGCGAGCCUCCUCCGUGCACGACGUGUGUCCGAAGUUGCGACGGUGGUGGAUGUUGCGGUGGCGGCUGCGGGAAACCCGGUCAGAUCUGCAUGCCGUCGCCGAGGAUCUGCAACUCACCGGUUUACUCCUCACGCGGAAAGUCGCCUUGUGCACUGCGCUGUCCACCGCAAUCCUCUUGUUCAAUCAGUGGCUGCUGCAGUAGACCCAAUAACUGUAGAAGGUCGUACAGCCCGAGAUGCUUGUCUGCCCUGGAUAGUGGAUGCUGCCUAUGCAGCGUAAAUGACGGAGCGAAAUGCGUCACCGAUGGAGCCUGCUGCCGGCUGAGAUUGCCAUGCGAGUGCCUCGGUGGCGGCCUUGACUGUCGGCGAUGCGGAAGAAAGGUCUACCAGGCUGAAAUGCAGAUUGCUUCUGGAGUACCGUACCAUAGUAUUUGCUUCAGUUGCUUUUGUUGCCGAAAGCCGCUAGAACCGUUGACCUAUCAAGAAAAUGGCGGCGAGAUCUAUUGCAAACAAUGUUACGUACGUAAUUUCGGUCCGCAAGGAUAUGGUUACGGCGUGGGAGCCGGCGCACUGCAGACUCCCUUGUGAGCUCGUCGACUGUCUAAUAUCGGUCGCACACGUGUGAAAGCAUUCAAGUACAGUUAUGACGUUUCUUCAUGUGCUUCUAUACUUUACGACUGUUAUAAAGUUAUGCAUGCGCGCAGAAGUUCAAUGCAUAUUAAGACAUAUUCGCUUAUGCGAGGCAUCUUGUACCUCUUUUUCGCAUUGCAUGAUAUUUGAUGAGCGCUCUUACUGAAUAAACCUUGUGGCCGAGAAUUCAGCAACAUUAUUAUUGUUUUUGAUAUUCAAUCCGUUUAUUCGGUAAUAAGUCGCGAGAGGAAAGUAAAACCUGAACGUGCAAGAGGAGGAGCUCCAAGUUACGAGUUAAGAGAGGGACAAGAGAAUUGGAAAGAAACGGGAGGUUGAGUAAAACGGUUGCUCUUUAUACCAAGAGGAAAGGAGAAUAAUGUACUCGGUUUAUUGAGCCUCUCUGCCGAAAGUAAAUUGCGCGAAAUGACUCGUUGAGGAUCGAUUGCGGAGUAAACUGGAUACAUGUGAAAAUAAGGAAGGGGGUUAACGGAUUCGGAGGCGGGAAGCAGGAAAAGGAUUUGCACGAUGAAGGAGAGAGAGAGAAAAAGAGAGAGAACCGAACGAAAGCGGGGUGCUGCGUUUUGGAAGGAAAAGGACGGCGGGAGGCGGGCACGAAGGUACGUUCGCGGGUUUGCAAAACAGAGAGAACGGGGUGCAAGGGACGGGAAGGAGGAGGAAAGAGUGAGUGGUUGGUUUAUUGAGUCUCUCUCCGGCGCGGUGGAUUUGUGCGCGGAGAGGAAGGCGCAGGCGGAGGGGCGUUUAUAUAGCUUUCAGGCGCAGAAGCUUAAUCUAAUUUCAAAUAUAAAUCUGUUCUCUCUCCGCUCUCUCGUCUUCUGUCCUGCUCUCUUUCUCUUCUCGCGCUCUUUUCCUUCCGUCUGCCCCGGCCGCGCGCGCUCUGCCGCGGCGCGGCGCCCUUCUCAUCCGUGUAGAGCGCGCCGCGCUUACAUUAUACUCGCCCGGGCUACGAAUAAUGUUUUUCGCUUUUCCCAUUAACGUUACGGGACACGACGACUUUACGCGGCGCGCCGUUCAACCGACGAGUUACUGCUUUGUCGUGCUACGUUUUCGAUACAGGUACAAUUAUGGGAGCAAUAAUACGUUAACUCGGAAGAAAAGUCGCGCAUAAGUGUCCAUAUUUUUUUUCCUUGCGCCGUUCGCGUCGGGGUAACGAAUGCUAUAUGAUCUUUUUACCAGCCUUUUCCGUAGAAUCUACAGAACUGGGUUGUGCCUCAAAUAUUGCCUCUUAUAAAAUUUAUGAGAAGCACGUUUGACGUGUGACCCAAAUUCUCCUGAAUUUCGCGACUCGACUCUUUUCGAGGCGAGCUACAAAUUUAUUUAUGGACUCCGUUAGUCCGUUCUGAACCGAAUGAAACCUUUAUGCAUCCUUUCAGAAAACAUUAAUAAUUUUGCUCUUUUUCACGCUGCUUUUCCAUAUGAUUUAUUCAAU